UGCGUGUAUUUCAUUUACAUUAGGAAAACGGAGUGCAGAGAGGCCAAAUGACUUGCCUAGGGCCGCAAAGAAGAAGUUCUUUCUGAGUUUUAUUGGCACUUUCUUUGUGCCAGUCCUUGUGUAGGACACGGAGGACAUAGAAAUUAGAGAAACAUGGUCCCUGCACUUAGAAAGCCCAGCCAUGCAUAGAAGAGACAUCCAGGUAAGCAAAUGUGGUCAUUGGAGGGGCCUGUUACAGGUGCUGGGAAGUCCAGAGGAGGGAAAAUGACUCUGCCCAGGAUCAGUUGAGGAAGAUUUCAGAGGAGGAAGAGCCCUUUUAAUCAAAUCCUUGAAGGAUGAAGAGUUCACCUGAUGCAAAAAAGGGAAAGCUCGGUAUGGGCAGGGUCAAGGAUGGGGCCCUUGCGAAGGGAGAGCGAGCAAAGGCGUGAUGAGGCCAGAUGGGGAAGGCUUUGCUGCCGGGUCAGAAAUCGGACUUGGUUCUGAGCUCGCUGGGGAACCCUGGAAGAGUUUCAAGCAGGGGAUGCCUUGGCCAGGAUUCUAAGGAAGGUCUCUCUGGCGGUUGUCCAAUGGCCUGUACUCUUUUAAAGAAUCCAUUGCAUUUAAAGAAAAAAAAUCCAUUGUAUGAGCUGGUGAGAAAAAAUGAUGGCCCCUCCCACCUCCAGUCCUUUUAUGGGUUUUAUCACUUAGACUGAGGAUUUUUUUUUUUUUAAACCAUCGCUGUCAAAGCCUUCAUCUCACUGCUAGACAGACCAACCUGCUUCCUUCCUCUCCGCCUCCACUCCACCUCCCACCAGGGUGAUGCACCAGACAAUGGCACUUGGGAGAAAGGACAAGGAGUAUGUGGGUUUCUCAGCCCUUCCCAACCAGCUGCACCGCAAGUCCAUCAAGAAGGGGUUUGACUUCACACUCAUGGUGGCAGGGGAGUCAGGCCUGGGGAAAUCCACCCUCAUCAACAGCCUGUUUCUCACCAACCUCUAUGAGGAUCGGCAACUGCCAGAGGCCAGCGCUCGCUUGACACAAACGCUGACUAUUGAGCGUCGGGGCGUGGAGAUCGAGGAGGGGGGUAUUAAGGUGAAGCUGACGUUGGUGGACACUCCUGGCUUUGGGGACUCAGUGGAUUGCUCAGACUGCUGGCUGCCCGUGGUGCGCUUCAUUGAGGAGCAAUUUGAGCAGUAUCUUAGGGAUGAGAGUGGCCUGAACCGGAAGAACAUCCAGGAUUCCCGUGUCCACUGCUGCCUCUACUUCAUCUCACCCUUUGGCCGGGGGCUCCGGCCCCUGGAUGUGGCCUUCCUCCGGGCGGUGCACGAGAAGGUCAACAUCGUCCCCGUCAUUGGCAAAGCAGAUGCCCUGAUGCCCAGCGAAACCCAGGCUCUCAAGCAGAAGAUCCGGGACCAGUUGAAGGAGGAGGAAAUCAACAUCUACCAGUUCCCCGAUUGUGACUCAGAUGAGGAUGAAGACUUCAAGAGGCAGGAUGCCGAGAUGAAGGAAAGCAUCCCUUUCGCAGUUGUCGGUUCAUGCGAGGUAGUGAGGGACAAAGGCACCCGACCAGUGAGGGGACGCCGCUACUCCUGGGGAACCGUGGAGGUGGAGAACCCACAUCACUGCGAUUUCCUGAACCUGCGACGGAUGCUGGUGCAGACACACCUGCAGGACCUGAAGGAGGUGACACACGAUCUGCUCUAUGAGGGCUACCGGGCCCGCUGUCUACAGAGCCUGGCCCGGCCUGGGGCUCGCGAUCGGGCCAGCCGCAGUAAGCUUUCCCGCCGGAGCACCGCGGAGAUCCCGCUGCCCAUGCUGCCCCUGGCCGAGACGGAGAAGCUGAUCCGAGAGAAAGACGAAGAGCUGCGUCGCAUGCAGGAGAUGCUGGAGAAGAUGCAGGCGCAGGUGCAGCAGAGCCAGGCUCAGGGCGAGCAGUCGGCCGCUCUCUGAGGACCCCCGCCCGGUGCCGCUUUACAUCAGCUCCGCCUUCGUCCGCCUCUUGUCCAACCCCCGAGCCCCGGCGGCCCAGCGCCUCACCCCGGAGCCUGUUGGCACUGGGCUCUGGGCCAACAGGUUCUCCCAACCCCAGAGCUGGGGGUCCUGCCUUUGGCCCCGCCCCGCCCCGCCCCUCCCGGAGCCGGGGCUUCCAGCCCAGCCCCUCUAAACCCCAACAGUGUCUUCGAUAAAAACUAAGUUUCCUGCCCUGACCAGUGUGGCUCAGCGGGUUGACCGCUGUCCCGUGCACCGAAAGGUCACCGGUCGGACUCCGGUCAGGGCACAAGGCCAGAUUGCCGUCCCGGUCAUUCCCGGCCCCGGCCGGGGUGCAUUCGGGAGGCAACUGCAACCGAUCGAUGUUCCCUGUUUCUCUCUCGCAUCGAUGUUCCUCAAAUAGAUGUCGUUUUCUCUCUAAGAUCAAUUAAAAAAUU